AUGUCGGUGAGCUAUUUCCAGGACCGAGAAAAUGCUACUCAAAAUGGCCUUUCCCCGUCUACUCCGUCUGUAGGAGCUGCCUCGCGAGGCACAAAUGCCCUCUCGACUCGAAUUACAAAUGUGCUCUCUGCGUCAUAUGCAGACCUAGAAAUCCGCGAUGCCCUGGAGACCUUGGAUGCACGUGGAGUGCAGAACACUGCAGAGACCAGACGCCAGCUUCGUCUUGAAGUGCAAAAAGAGGUCAUUCAGUGUAAUGGGGAAAUUAUCAAAGAUUUUGGCCAGGUUGCGGAGCAACUAAAACGGAUUGGGACGGCUAUUAGUAGCCUGAACAGCUACUGUGCGGAUAUGCGCGGCCAUAUUGCAGCCGCCAACCAGGAAACUGGGCCCGUCUUGGAAGAAGCCACGAGUUUAAUUAGCCAGAGGCAGCAGGUGGAAUCCAAACAGCAAAUCUUGAACGCCUUCACUUCUCAUUUCCUGAUAUCCGAAGAAGACGCCACAGUCUUGACUUCUACUGCUGAGCCUGUCAAUGAAGAGUUCUUCCAGGUGUUAACCCGAGUCAAAAAGAUACACCAUGACUCCCAGGUAUUACUGGGCACAGAAGAUCAACGACUGGGCUUGGAGGUACUAGAGCAGAGUUCAAAACAGCUGAAUGCUGCUUUCCAAAAGCUCUAUCGAUGGAUCCAGCGAGAGUUUAAGACGCUGGAUCUGGAGAACCCACAAAUAAGCGCAUCUGUGCGACGAUCUCUGCGUGUGCUGGCCGAGCGACCUACCUUGUUCCAGAGCUGCCUCGACUCGUUUGCCGAAGCGCGAGAGUCUAUUCUGUCCGACUCUUUCCAUGCUGCAUUGACCGGAUCAACGUCAGAAGAGCAUAUAGCGACUAAGCCCAUCGAGUUCCAUGCUCAUGACCCAUUACGCUAUAUCGGAGACAUGCUAGCAUGGGCACACUCUGCAACUGUUUCCGAAAGAGAAGCACUUGAGAACCUCUUCAUCUCGGAUGGUGAUGAGAUCAAGCGUUCGAUCCAGGCUGGUCUUGAAAGCGAACCCUGGCUAAGAGGUGACGAAGAUGCAGAGGUUUUCGAUGGCCGAAAGGCCUUGAACCAACUCGUCAGCCGUGACCUCACAGGAGUGGCUCGUCUGCUGAGACAGCGGACUGAGCAGGUUGUUCAAAGUCACGACGACGCGACACUUGCUUACAAAAUCGCAAACUUGGUUGCCUUCUACAAGGGAACCUUCACAAAGCUGGUCGGAGCAGACUCUGACGUCUUAGAUCUGUUCGAUACAUUGGAAUCUUCCGCAAUGCGGCAGUUCCGUGCCAACAUGAGAGACUAUGUCGUUAACGUACAAAGCGAUGUUGUCAUAGCACCAACUGACCUGUCUCCGCCGGAAUUUCUGGAAGGUGCGCUCCGGAUGCUGAGAGUACUUGCAAAGAGCUACGAUACAUCAGUUGCUGCAACGGAUGAUAACGGCGAAGGAUUUCAGACUGUGCUUGCAGAAGCAUUAGACCCCUUCUUGGAUGGUUGCGAGAAGCUACAAAAAGGAAUGAAAGAGCCCGACAGCGCCAUAUUUGCUAUUAAUUGCCUCUUCGCGGCAAAGGAAGUCCUUGCACAAUAUGCCUUUGCUGAAGAGCGGGUUAGCGAGAUGGACGACACAAUUGAUGAAAAUGUCGCCAAAUUGACGGCCUAUCAACACCAGUACUUGAUCCAAGAGUCGGGCCUGGCCACUCUUCUCGACGCACUCGCAACCAUCACCGACACUCCCGAGAGCCUCAAGACGAUACCAGAACUGGAUGCUUUUAAGCCGGAUGCACUUGUUGCUGUCAGCCAACAAUUGGAUGAAUUCCUUCCAUCUGCACUCAUCGACGCAUCCGAGAACAUCAAACGGCUGCGUAACAGGCAGAUGAUACAAGAUAUCACAGAAGCAGCGGCUAGCAAAUUCUGCGAGGACUUUGAACUUGUGGAGGCAAAGAUGAUAGCUGCCGACGAUUUGACGUAUGACGAAGAGAAAGAAGACGAGGAUCAGGAGCCCGGGUUGAGAGAUAUGUUUCCCCGUACCAGUGGUGAGAUACGGGUGCUGCUCAGCUAG